CACAGACGCACACUGCACCAAUCUGAAGAGACGACAUGAGCAUGACAAACUCUAACAACACGCAGCAGGAUCUUAUGAAACUAGACCUUCAGUGCAAGAAGAACAACACAGAACAUCACACACAUGAGAUCACGACUGAACGACUCAUCGUCCGGAGAGGGAAACCUUUCAGAUUGACCCUCAGCGUGGAGCAUCCACAUCUCGACCACAUCGAGCUGACUGUGGAAACAGGUCCCGAUGCGUCUGAAGAGAAGGGUACCCGCUCAUCAUUUGGCAAUAAACAUCCCCAGGUUAACAACUCUGGAAAAUCCUGGAGCCUUCAAGUGUUAGACAGCACACCUUUGACUGCCACCCUGUCUGUUCUCUGCCCGUCAAACGCCAGCAUCGGUCUGUAUUCACUGUUUGUGAAAACUGGCUCGUCGGACGUGGCGGCACGUGUGGGCACGUUAACGGUGCUCUUUAACCCGUGGUGCGAUGAAGAUUGGGUGUUCCUGGCCAAUGACGCAGAGAGACAGGAGUAUGUUAUGAAUGAACAGGGAAUCGUGUACAAGGGAGUCAAUGAAUACGUCACAUCUGAAGCCUGGGACUUCGGGCAGUUUGAAGAUGAUAUUUUGGACAUCUGUCUGAAGCUCUUGGAUUUGAACCCAAAGUGUGUAAAGAACCCACAGGAGGAUUAUUCAGCGCGCUGUAACCCCAUUUACAUCAGUCGAGUGAUCAGCGCUAUGAUAAACUCUGAUGAUGAUGAUAAAGGUGUGAUAGUGGGUAAGUGGGAAAGUACGUUUAUUGGAGGCGUCGAGCCGAGUCACUGGACCAGCAGUGUGGACAUCUUAAGAAGGUGGAUGAAGUACGACUGUUACCCCGUCAAAUUUGGACAGUGUUGGGUGUUUGCUGCAGUGAUGUGCACAGUGUUGAGAUGUCUGGGGAUUCCUUGUCGUGUUAUCACCAACUAUCAAUCAGCCCAUGACACCGAGCUAAACCUCAUUAUUGAUGAAUACUACGGUGAUUACGGCGUGACUCCCAAACAAAGCCUUGACACGGUUUGGAACUACCACGUGUGGGUGGAGGGCUGGAUGAGACGUCCUGAUCUCACUGAAGACUCGUUCUACGACGGCUGGCAAGUCCUGGACCCAACGCCACAGGAGAAAAGUACAGAUGUUUACUGCUGUGGUCCGGCUCCGGUGACGGCCAUCCGCGAGGGACACACCGAUAUCAAAUACGAUUUGCAGUUUGUGUUCGGAGAGGUCAAUGCUGAUAAAGUCUCGUGGCUGGUUAUGGCCAACGGCUCCAAGAAGAGGAUUCAGUCAAACACCAAAGCUGUUGGACAGUCUAUCAGCACUAAAGCUGUAGGCAGCAACAAAAGACAAGACAUCACGGAAAACUACAAGUACACUGAGGGUUCUGAGAAGGAGCGAGUUGCGUACGAAGAGGCCGUGAAGAGAGCCAAUGACGUGAGGAUGAUCGAAGCUCCUCCUCGUCCAAAAGUAGAGAUGAAGAUCAGCCUAGAUGGGAAACCACUGAACGGCGUGGAUAUUCAAGCACACCUCACUUUAACCACAGACAGUCCUAAAACACAGGAGCUGACGCUGAGGAUGAACGCUCAGAUCAUGAGAUACACCAACAGCCCGGAGGCCGGAGUCUGGAGUGACACCAGAGACAUCCAGCUGCAACCCAAGAAAGAGCAUGUCAUUCCCAUCUUAAUCCCGUUUGCCACAUACGGACCAAAACUUCUGAACAACAACUGCAUCAAAGUGUCAGUGAUCGCAACAGAUAAGAAGGAUUCUAAAGAUGUGUACCUGGUGGAGAAAGACAUCGUCCCGCACAGCCCUCCACUUCAUUUAGUUGUGAGUGGGACUCCACUUCUGAACGGUGAGAUGACAGCAGAAGUGACGUUUGAAAACCCCCUGUCUGCAUCUCUGAAUAACUGCUCCAUCACUCUGACAGGCAGCGGACUGCUCAGACAAACCGAAGAGAUCAAGAUCGCUGAGCUCGGUCCGGGUCAGAAAGCUACGCUAAAGGUGCAGUUCAGACCCAACAGAGCCGGACCAAAGAAACUGGUGGCCUGCUUUGACAGCUCGACUUUCAAAGACAUCAGAAACAGAGUUGAUGUGAACGUCAGACCCUCCUCGUCACGCCUGGGAUAUCUCGCUUUUGGAAAAUAGAAGGGCUUACAGUG